AAGAUAUAGUGUUUUUGCUAAAAUGAAACUGUUUGUACUUGCUCUUUUUGUGGCUGUAGCAUCAGCUGCUCCACCAGCCAGUGAACCCCAAGUAUUGGGUUUUCCCGAUGGAUUCCCACGAGUUGUAGGUGGACACACUGCCAAUGAGCAUCAAUUCCCAUGGCAAGUAUCCCUCCAAAGAUUUGGAAGUCACUUCUGCGGUGGUUCCAUCAUCAAUUCUGAAUGGGUUCUUACUGCUGCUCAUUGCAUCAGUGGCACUUCCGGAUUCGAUGCCGUAGUAGGAAAACACGAUCUUUCAAAAACUGAAGCUACUGAACAGCGAUCUGCCUUCAAGAGAACCAUUGUGCACAAAUCUUAUGCUGGAGGCGUCAAUCCUUAUGACAUCGCUUUGAUCCAAGUUGCCACACCAUUCAAGCUGAACGAAAACGUUAAAGCUGUUAAGCUUCCAACUAAAGAUGAGGCUCACUCAGGACAAGUUACUUUGUCUGGAUGGGGAUCUACUUCUACUUCCAGCUUCCCCAGCUACCCCAAUAAGCUACAGACCGUUGACAAACCAAUCGUACCAUACCCCGAAUGUGAAAAGGCUCUAGGAGGAGCAGGAUCUACUCCAUUGCACCCAACAAACUUGUGCACUGGACCCUUGACUGGUGGAGUUAGCGCUUGCUCUGGAGAUUCAGGUGGCCCACUUGUACAAUAUAACGGAAGCGAGGCUACACUUUUGGGUGUUGUGUCCUGGGGCUACAUUCCUUGCGGUGGUGUUGGAUACCCAUCAGUUUACACCAGGGUCUCUGCUUAUGUGGACUGGAUCAAACAAAAUGCCCAAUAGAUUCAACAACUACGAAAUUUAUUCAAAAUUUUAAUCUCACACGUAACGAAUUAAUGACUUUCUGAUUAGAAGAUUUUUUGUACAUAAAACUUAUUUUUGACCUUUGUUAUUUUUAAAUAAAUUAUAUACACAUA